GUUCACCCUCGCCCCGACGCGGUUCAUGUCCGCACGACACCCAAACGACUUUGUUCCCGACGCGCCUUCCUACUUCCGCGCACUCACCAGCGACGGCGUUUCAUCGCCCCCGCCUGGUCUGCGUAAGGCCAAGGGCAAGAAACCGCUGGCAAAGAAGCCCCACACGACCACGGCGCCAAUUGACUGGGAAAUUCCCCGCAAAACGCUACAUUCUUCCAUCGGUUUCCUUACUCUGUGGCUAUACACGUCGCAGGGCUCUUCUCGAAAUGUUGUUGUAGUAUUGAGCGCCGGCUUGGCCGUCAUUAUUCCCGUUGAUAUCCUCCGGCUUCGUUCGCCACGGUUUGAGCGACUGUUCGAACGUUCUGUAGGCUUUCUCAUGCGUGAAAGCGAGAAGAGAAGUAGUAAUGGCGUAAUCUGGUACAUGCUUGGAGUCGUCUUUGUGCUAUCUGUAUACCCUCUUGAUAUCGCUGUCGUUUCUAUCAUGAUCCUCUCCUGGGCAGACACUGCUGCCUCCACGAUCGGCCGGCUCUGGGGCUCGCGAACGCCGUCGCUCCCUCCUCGCAUGCCUAUCAUACCUCUCCCUCUCGCCUCGCGCAAAUCAGUGGCUGGCUUUGCUGCUGCUGCUAUAACCGGCGCCUGCAUCGCGGUCGGCUUCUGGGGAUGGAUUGUCCCCCUGUACAGUACGAUAAACAGCUGGCAUUGGCCUGCGACCGCCAUGCUAGGAGAUCAAGUUCCCGACACGACCGGUGGCUGGGUUGGUCUCAGUGUCCUGGGUGUUGUCAGCGGACUCGUGUCUGGGAUAGCAGAAGCCCUUGAUCUCGGCUCUCUUGAUGACAACCUCACGCUUCCUAUCAUUUCGGGCGGGUGUUUGUGGGGAUUCUUCAAGCUUGUCGGGUUCUUCUCAUAAACAGAUGAGAUAUAUAUGCGCCGGUAACGGACUGUAGAGCUAUAUUAGGGCCAUGUUAUACACAACUAUAUCAUUAUGACCGUUUAGGAUUAGAUAGAUAUUGCAACAUGAUAUUACUGCGGGUACAGAAACCGAUGCCUGCUAUUGGCCCGAACACAAUCAUACAAGAGCAAAGAUGACAGU